UUUACAUUGAAAUGGCAUUGAACAGCUACCUGUCAGCUGUAGGUACAAGUACUUUGGUUGGGAAGCUGUCAAACACGGUGAAUCUGGAUAGAAUAGCAAAGCCAGGAGCGGUAGUGAGAACUAUUUUAAUAAAUAUGAGUUUUAAUUCGCAAUCUCUAAUUAAUAGGUAAUCGCAACGCCUACCCCUAAAUUUGAGAAGAUAAUAAAAACAAAACCGAUACCGGCAUCGUCGUAAAAUGAAUUCGAGAGAUAGAUCACUACAAGACAAAUUGAAAGUGCUCUUCAAAAAAGGUGCAUCGGCGCCGCUGCCGCCGCGCAAUGAGCUGGUAGUGAGCGGAGAGUUGGAGCGCGAGCUGAGUGCAGACGCGCCGCUGCACCGACGGCUGCGCGCGCUCAAGGAGGUCGGUGAGAAGGCGAUCCACAUCAGAGUUCAAGAGAUCGGACCGUUCCUGCUGGAGUGGCUGCCGCAGGUGCAGCCCGCCUCGCAGCUGGUGGAGUUCCUGCAGCUCAUCAUUAACGUCGUCAAGUACAACGCCACUUAUUUAGACGAGCACAUCGUACACGGGAUCGUCGACUGCGCGUGCCAGGUGAUGGCGUACAGCGCGGAGGCCGGCGUGGUGGCGGCCGCGCUGGCGCUGCUGGAGGCCGUGGUGGCGUACUCCAUGGUGCCGCGCGCCGCGCACCGCGCCUUCGUGGCGGCGCUGUGCCGCACCGUCAACCUGGAGCAGCACUGCCAGCCCAGCUGGAAGCUCAUGCGCAGCGUGCUGGGCGCCGACAUGGGCCACGCGGCGCUGGCGCAGCUGGUGGCGCUGCUGCGCGCGGGCGGCGACGAGGCGGGGCUGCAGCGCGGCGCCGUGUUCUACGUCAACAUGGCGCUCUGGGGGCCGCGCCGCGUGCCCACGCUGCGCGUCUCCUACCUCGCCGUGCUGCCCGCCUUCCUGAAGGCGCUGGAGGGCGACCAGCCGGUGGUGACGUACGAGGUCGUGGUCAGCCUGCACGGGGUCGUCGCGCGCGCGCCGCUCGAGCUCUGCGAGCCCGCCUGGGACGUGCUGCUGGCCAUCGUGCGCCGCGUGCUGCAGCAGGACCGUGCGUGUCUGUCCGCCGCCCGCCCCGCCCGCCCCGCCCGCGCCCGCCCCGCUCACCGCCCGCGUGUUUCAGGCCACUACGAGCCGCCCAACGAGCUCAUCCACGACGGCGUGCACGCGCUCAUCACGAGCAUCGAGCAGCUGCAGGACGCCGGCCAGUACCGCGGCGACCCGGACGCGCUGCUGGAGCUGCUGGACGCCUGCGGACACGAGCGCCCGGUCAGUGCCGCCCCGCCCCGCGCCGCCCCCCCCGCCCCGCGCCGCGUGUCACUCACUGUCCGCCUGAUGCAGGAGGCGUCCACCAUGCGGCUGGUGAGCGCCCGCGCGGCGGCGCUAGCGCCCCCGGGCGCCGAGUGGGUGGCCGCGGCGCUGGCGCUGGCGGAGCGCUACGUGCGCCAGGAGGCGCGGCGCGCCGUGCGCCUGCACGCGUUGCAGGAGCUGAUGGGCUUCAUCCGACGGCACCGCUACCUGUACGGCGAGGAGCUGAUCGAGCUGGUGGCCAUCCCGGUGCUGAGCUCGUGCGCGCUGGACGCCGAGGUGUCGCUGCGCGCCGCGGCCGCGCGCGCGCUCACGGAGCUGGCCAAGGGCUGCACGUCGGACGCCUGCACCGACCUCAUCGACCUGCUGGAGAAGGUGCCGCCUCGCUCCGCGCCGGCGCUGCGGUGUCGCGGCCGGUACGUACAGUACACGUGCGCUGUGCAGAUCCUGAACCGGCCAUUCGAGAUGUACGUGUCGGAGGUGCCGGUGCCGGCGGAGACGGACACGAGCGACGUGACGGCGGCCUGCGCGGGGCUGCUGGAGCUGCUGCACGCCAAGCUGCUGGCGGCGCCGGCGGCGCACGCGGCGCGCGCCUUCCUGGUGCUGCUGGAGCACCUGGACCACCACUACCGCCGACACGCGCUCUUCAUGCACCACCCCGACGUCCGCAUCAAGAUCUUCGAGAUGCUGUUCGGGCUGCGCGCCAACCAGUUCAACUGCGUGGGCUUCUGCUACGACAGCAGCGGCGCGGCCGUGUUCGGCGCCGCCAGCCUGCGCCUGCGGCCCGUGUGCUCGCCCUGGCUGGUGGCCGAGCCGCCCGCGGCGCGCGGCGCGCCGGGCGCGGGCGGCGCGGCGCGCGAGCUGGCGCCGGGCGCGCUGGUGCUGGGCGUGGGGCGCGCGGCGCGGCUGCUGGCCACGGCGCUGACGCGCGAGAAGGACUGGGCGGUGCUGGCGCGGCUGCUGCGCGCGCUGCCGGCGCUGCUGGCGGCGCGCGCGCUGGUGCUGGGGCGGCGCGCGCAGGACCUGGACCUGCUGGCGUCGACGCUGUGCGCCAUGGUGAGCGACCGGAGCCUGAACUUCCCCGAGUGCCUGCGCGCGCCGCAGCACAAGCUGCUGGUGUCGGAGUUCCAGGGCGCGGCGCUGCCGGCGCUGGCGGCGAUGGCGCCGUACCACGCCUACCUGGAGCCGCAGACGCAGCAGCGCAUAGUGCGCUGUCUGCUCAAGUACGGCAUGGUGCUGAGGACCCCGCAGCCGUACAUCAACGCGCUGACGAUAUUCACGCUGGAGACCAGGGAGACCAUGGUGAAGAUGUUGCCGGAGGUGUUACUGGAUCUGUCCAAGAUCUCCGACACCAAGGCCAUCGCCAGCCCCAUGCUGGAGUUCCUGUCCACGCUGACGCGGCUGCCGAAGGUGUUCGCGUCGUUCGUGGAGGACCAGUACAUGUCGGUGUUCGCCAUCCUGCUCCCCUACACCAACCCGUCGCGCUACAACCACUACGUGGUGUCGCUGGCGCACCACGUCAUCGCCGCCUGGUUCCUCAAGUGCCGCCUGUCCUACCGCCGCAACUUCGUACGCUUCAUCAUACACGGCCUGCACAACUACAUCAUCAUGCCGUUCGAGGAGCAGCUGCAGUACAAGAGCAACCACUUCCAGAGCGCCAACGAGGACUCGUCCAACCGGCAGCGCAGCUCCAGCCUGGGGUCCCGCGCGGUGUCGCGCGUGCCGCUGGGCGGGCGCGGCGCGGGCGCCGGCUCGGCGUCCGCCGCCUUCCACGUGGAGCUGACGGAGACGUGCCUGGACCUGCUGGCGCGCUACACCAGCACGCCGUGCAGCGUGAAGCCGGCGCGCAGCGACACGGCCGAGUUCCUGUUCGCGGGCGGCCCCGCCAUGACGUGGCUGGUGGGCCACAAGCUGGUCACCAUCACGACGUCGGGCUGCCUGCAGAACUCGCUGAAGCAGGGCCUGUGCGAGCGCUGCGCCGCGCUGUGUCGCCAGCACGCCGACAGCGUGGCCGAGCCGCUGCCGCCGCUGGCGCCCGCCGCGCCCGCACCGCCCGCACCGCCCGUACCGCCCGCACCGCCCGCACCGCCCGCCGACCUCGAGCGACAAAGCUCGUCGGAGAGCAAGGGCGCGGACCCGCUGGCGGCCGUGCUGCAGCAGUUCUCUGCGCACUUCGAGCGCGUGUCGGCCGACGUGGACGGCGACGAGGCGGGCUGGUCGCGCGUGGGCGAGCUGGCGGCGGCGGGCGCGUGCCCGUGCUGGUGCGCCAACUGGGCCGAGGUGCACGUGCGCUCGCCCACGGGCGACGUGUGCUGGGUCAUGCGCGUGCAGAACCACAUGAACUGGGACUACCUGCUGGAGUCGCCGCUGCAGGACGUGGCCGCGCUGCUGGCGCCGCGCGCCGCCCGCGCCGCGGGCUCGGACGGCGACCCGCGCUCCCGCAGUGGCUCGUCGGGAUCCGCGCGCGCCGCGCCCCCGCAGCCCGCGCCCCCGCAGCCUGCGCCCCCGUACUCCGCGCCCCCGCAGCCCGCGCCCGCCACAGACCUGCACAAGUCCAGCGCCGUCGGCCGCAUGAGCACGCAGCCCAUCAACAUCCCCGGCUCCCCGCAGCGACAGAGCUCCUCCAGCACCACCGACGACGACGACAUGCUGCUCAUCGUGCCCGAGGGCAAGUCGCGGCACCCGGUGCGCCGCUCCAACUCCUCGCCCGAGAUGUCGUCCUCGUGGAAGGCCAGCGUGGCGGCCAGCGUGGCGGCCAGCGCGGCGGCCAGCGCAGCGGCCAGCGCGGCGGCCGACACGGCGGCGCCCGCGGCCGACCUGCCCGUGGACCCCGACGACAUGAUCCUGCUGCCCAGCUGCGAGCCGACUGGCAGCACGGCGCAGUCGCUGCACGCGCGGCAGAAGGCGGCCAAGAAGAGCGACAUGCGCGUGUCGUGCGAGGCCAUCCCCGAGGAGAUGUCGGGCACGUCGCCGCACGCGCCGCACCCGCAUCUCUGCACCUACAACUCCGACCCCGGGUCCGGCGAGGGCGCGGCGGGCGGCGGCGGAGGCGCGGGCGCGGGCGGCGCGCACCACCAGCUGCAGAAGACGGCCAGCGACGGCACGGUGCCGGCGGGCCACGACCUGCCGCCGCUGGCGCGCUCCAAGCGCUCCAACACCAUCUCCGUCAUGAGCCCCACGCGCCGCCACAGCGCCGCGCCGCGCGCGCCGCCGGCCGCGUCGGGCGCGGCGCCGGGCGCGGUGGGCGGCGGCGGCGGCGGGCUGUCGCCGUCCUUCGUGUUCCUGCAGCUGUACCACAACAUGAGCACGUACCCCAUCACGCCGCCCGUGCCAGGCGAGACGCCGAGCAUCCUGAACCCGCUGGCGGAGCGGCCACUGCGCGUGGCCGGCGUGCAGCACGAGCGGACCAUCAAGAACCUCGAUCUCGUGCCGCCCGUCGAGACCUACAAGCUGGCGUCGCAGAUCUCGCAGUCGCUGAAGCUGGGCGGCGCGCCGUACGCGUCCAACUCGCUGGAGCGGCUGCGGCUGCUGAAGCGACUGCGCGUGCGCGCCGAGGCCGAGCGUCUGGCCGCCGCCGCGCGCCCGCCCGAGCCCUACGCCGGCCCGCCCGACCUGGCGCAUCGCGUGGCCAUCGACGACUUCAACGACUACACCUAGGCCGUCUGGCGCCAUGAGCGGCCCGACCUGGCGCCCCGCGUGGCCAUCGACGUCUUCAACGACUACACCUAGGCCGCCUGGCGCCCCGACCGGCCCGACCUGGCGCCCCGCGUGGCCAGCGACGACUUCGACGACUACACUCGGGCCGCCUGGCUCCCCGAGCGGCCCGACGUUGGCUCUAGUGACGCCAGUGUUUGCGGUCCGAUGGAUGCGCCGCGCACUCUGCUUCGCGUGUCGGUCGACGACACGUUCGACUACUUUGCUUAUAUCUCGAUCAGUUUAUUUUUACAUGAACCCUUACGUGAGAUGUGAUAGUAGAGUAACGAGUAAAUACGAUAUAGAAAUAUGAAGUAUAUAAUAAAGCUGACAAGUUUUCUACAAAUUGCUUCGCUUACGAGUUCCCGCGACUUUGAUGUAGUAGUUUUUAAAUACAUAGAAACAAUACGAGCCGCCUCCAGUGAAGUGGACGACUGCCGGGACCCCGCGUGUACUGCGGAACUGUUUAUGUUUCAUUCGAUUCUACUGAUAAGUACGUGUUGGUCUAGGUUGUACGUGGCUUAAAUAGUUUAAUUUCAUAUAUAAAUUUAGAUUUUGAACUGAAUAAUGUAAAAGUUAAUGUUAAGGAUUUUGAAUAAGUACAUGUUUUCACAAAAUAAUGAUGAGUUUGUCGUAGUGAGAAGCGCGGUGCGGCCGGUAGUGACGUCACUGCCGGCCGCACCGCGCACGCGUCACUGGACCGCUACACAGUUGAGGCAUUUCUUGUUUUAUAUAUUUUAUGUAGCAAUUUAUUUCUUGACAAAACAUUUUGUAAUCAAAUAAAUGAUGGCUAUUUUUCCUAUCUUUCAUUGUCAGCUUCAUGUUUCCAUUAAAUAUUUCAUGUCAGUAAUUCGUAUCUUAUACAAAGCAAAUGAAAGUAUUUACUCUAUCAUCAUUCAUAUUCAUCCAGAAGACGUCGACUGCUAAACACAAGCCCCUCCCUUAGUCCUCAACGCCGAACGACAACUCGCUGCUUGCAUCCAUAAAAAAAUCUUAGAUUUUCGAUUCAUUGAACUGAAUUAUAUUGCGACAUCAUGGUUAAUUUAGUGGCAAAUAAGUUGUAUUAUCACAACCCAAGAGAAAUACGUCGAAUUCCAAGUCACCUGCACAGAACAUAAUAAAGGAGGUAUACCUAGUUUGAGUACAGAGUAUAGAUAACGUAAUAGGUAUAGUACCUACUUACAGCGCAUUGUUUGCGUGCUGGCCGUUCAUAACUAUAACAAAAAUUGACAAAAACAUUCGCACCCUAUUAAAAAAAAAGUCCAUGUCGCAACAGAUAGCAAGUGGAAUAUUCCAGAGACCUGAAAUAAUGUGGCUGAAGUUAGUUUGUAUCGUGGUAAUAGUGAGCGGCGCAGUGGCUAAGCAAGAUGAGCUACUGGAAGAGUUGUACGGCUUGGAAGGACGGAACAAGAUGGCAAUAUGCGUGCGCACGAGCGGCGGGCGCUGGCGGCACUGCGACGGCGCGCUGUACAACCGCGAGUGGG